GGCAGAACCUGUUUGUCUUGCACUUUCCGGACCGAGACUACGCGCAGCAGAAGCUUGUGGACGCGCGCGGCCCUCUUGAUGACACCUGGCUUGGGGGCGUGCAGCGCUCUUACUGGGGCCCGCGCUGGAUGUGGUUUGCUCCCCACGUCUUCUCGUCGAUCGUCUGGUGGAACUUCGCUUGGAUCCAACUCAUCAAGUGGAUCCGCGCCAAGCACAUCUGGCUGCACCGCUUGAACGGGAGGAUUCAGGUGACGGCCAUGAUGGGCCAGAUCAUCACAGGCAUCGGCCUUGCUAGCGGCUCCCCAACGCACGGGGUGAAGAUGACGAGCACUGCUUAUGGUCUUGCAAUGGCCUAUGUCUUGGCAAACACGAUCUACUACGUCCGGAAGAAGGACAUCGUCCGGCACAAGUACUGGGCCACGAAACUCUUUGGCUACUCCCAAGCCAUCGCUCUCCAGCGGUGUCUCGGCUAUCAAGCAAUUGAACUGGCUUAUGCAGUUGCUGAGGGCAUGGGCUGUGGCUGGGAGUUGUGGACAGACUUUCUUAAACCCUAA